GAGUCGCGACCGACGACCGACGUCUGUUGGUUGGACGAUCCAAAACAAAAAUUCCCAACGAUUUUCUGCCACAGCUCGCCAUCGUUUUCGUUUGCGUGGAGCCGUUUCGUAUUAUUUCCAUGUUUUGCAAGUGAUUUAGUGACGAAAAAAGUGUUUGUUUGCGGAAAAUAGCACCGAUUUUUUGUGAAGUUUACAGAUUUCGUAAAGAAGUGAAAUUUCUUUGAUUCAAAGGAAUGUUCUAGCAAAAAGUGUCCGCAACAGAAUGAGUGCGUUCGAGGUAAAGGUUACACCGACCCGCCCGUCUGCACAGCCGAAACGGCGGACAGAAUCCCGCGAACCGACGCUGGUACUGCUGGGCCCGUUUACGCCCAAAGCAACGGUCAUUUUCGAUGGAGUGCCUGUCGGGAAGUCGGCUCGCCGCCAGCUGGUCGUCAGGAAUCCUUACGACGAGCAGAUCCAGGUACUGGUAACCAAAAUACCAAAGCCAGAAUUCAACCUCGGUUUAGAAUGGACAUCACAGGACAUUCCCGCCGGCGAAGAAUGCCAGAUGGAAAUGGUGUGGAAUCCACUGAAAAUGUUCGUCAACAAAGAAGUGCUCCAGAUGAGCGACAACUUUGGCAACAAAAAAGACAUUGCCCUCAUCCUUAAAUCCGUCGAACUGAAGAAAGCUCCUCCGGUUAAGAAACCAGUAUUAAAACAAGCCCCACUUCUUCCCAAAAAACUGAAAUUGAAAUCCCCGUCACCCCCGAAGGCAGCACUUAUGAAGCGCAAUCUGUUAAUCAAAAAGCGAGAAUCGCCUGUGAGGAAAUCGUUCGCCUCGCCACCUCCAGUUACUCGAUCUCAAGUCGCACCAAAAAUCAAUGUUCUACAACCCAGUAACACAUCCAACCUGUUCAGUUCCAGUGCGUUUAACUUCACGAGUCUGUCGGAAUCGGUGCCACCGAAGAACAAAACCAACAAAGAAAACGUCAGUCCCGUUACUCCGGAGAACGCCACAAAGCUUUUCAGCAAUCUGAAAUUCACUCCCUCAAGCUCGCAUUCUAAUCUGUCCUAUCUGGCCGAUCUGCCCACUCCUGUGAACUUCCACAGGGUGGACGACAUUCGGUUGGACAAACCCAACCUGCUACGGAAGCGACUCAGUAUAUCGCCGGAAAUCAAUCUGGACGGCAACGACGACGACGACGAGCGCACACCUCGGAUCCCAUCCAAUCAGAGUGUCCUGGCCAUGAGGGAAACUCCAAAAUCGUCGAUAAUUCACGCGGAUUCCGCUCGAAACCAGCAACAGCUGAGCCUCACUCCGACCAAUAGAACCAUGCGUACGGCCGGAUUCGAUCCGAACUGCUUCUCGACCGUAACGAAACCGUGCCAGUCGGGGAAAACCUACCUAAUGAUUGACGAAACCGAUACGAAGGAAUCGAACAGGCAGCUGAAUUAUUCCAACGGCUAUAUCCACGACCUGGAACUAGCCGAUCUCCAGCUGAAAGGUUCGCCCACCCAAUCAUGCCGGCCCGCCAAAACGGAUUCCCCCUGCAACGAGAUUCAACUGGUGUUCCUCUCGAACCUAGAAGCGGCAUUCCACGACGGUCCCAAACCUCUAAACCGAACCCAAACCGUCUCCCCGUACGGCUCGAUCCCACAGCUAUCGAUGAUUGUGGAGGAAAACUCCCGAGAGUUGGGAGUAACCUACCAUGCAGGUCGCGCCAGCGAGGAACACCAAAUCCAGCAGAAAACGUUCAAAAUCGCCAGUCACGAAAACCUGGCCAAAUCCAGCUCCGAUGACAAUAUUGUCCAACAUCUUACCAUGGAGAUCAAACAGCAGCAGCAGCAGGGUUCGAUGCCGAAUCUGAAUGGCGCUGGAGGCGAGGCCGAAUUCGAGGACGCUCGUAUGAUGUUCAAGGCGCACGAAAUUCGCGCCCAGUCCAGUCGUUUCAAUCUGCACGAAAUCAGUCGCAACAGUGAUGAACUGAUGAAACCACCGGGAGCAUCCUGCAACAAACGCCACCUGGACUACAGUUUGGCUUCUUCGGUGGAUCUGGCGGAUGAACCGAUUUCAAUGGCAGCUGCGGUAGUCGUCUCGCCACCCAAAAAGAGCAAGAUAAUGCAGCAGACGACGACGCCCAUGAUGGGCUCGCUGCAGAGGAGUGCAUCCGUUGGAAGCAGCGGGGGCAGCGGUGGAAGCAGAAACUCUUCGUUGGGACCAGCACCGAUUAGAAAUCGCUCUUCGAGUACUUCGACUGCCACCAAAUCGUGCUUUCAGGUGCCCAAAGGAGCCGCUCCACGCUCUCUAUCCCUGAAACGAGUACCAGUUUCCAGCGGAUCUUCGAGGAAACUACCCCUUGAAGAGAAACGAGUUUUCUUGUACGAUUCGGAACAGCACCUGAAAACGCUCAUCAAUCCGGAUCCGUUUGCGGCAACGACCACGUGCGACCCCUUCCUGACGACCACGAUGUAUCUGGAUGAGAGGGCGUUCGAACGAUAUGAACGGCAGCUUAAGAAGUGGCUCAAUGCCUUGGUGACGAUCCCGGCCGAUCUGGACACGGAACCGAACAAACCACUGGACGUGGGAAAGCUAUUCGACGAGGUCAAAGGAAAGGAGCUAACGCUGGCCCCCACCAAGGAAUUGAUAUCGUCCAACUACUACAAGAACCGGUUGAACCAGUUGCGAAGCGCAGGAAUUUCGUUGUAUCUUAGCGAAAAGGUCGCCGAACCGUUGCGAAAGGUUCGCUCGGCCAUCGAGAAGAAAACGAUGACUUUGAGGACGGACCGGGAUUUGCAUCUGGAUUUGGUGCUGCAACGGAGCGUUCUGGAGCUCUUGCUUUGCUUCAAUCCGCUUUGGUUGAGGUUGGGGCUGGAGGUUACUUUUGGAGAGCAGAUAGAUCUUCAAUCGAACCGGGAUGUGAUCGGAUUGAGUACGUUUGUUAUAAACCGACUUUUCCGAGAUCGGUACAUGGAAGCGAAGAAUUCGAAAGCUUACAGCUUGUCCUCUUCGUACGCCGAGCACAUGAAGAAGUUUACGUUCCGGAUGUUUUUGUUUCUAUUGUUCUUUUUGGAUACUGCUAAGAAUCAGCGAUUGAUUAAGCACAACCCUUGCUUGUUUGUCAAGAAUGCGCCUUAUAAAGAAACCAGGGAGAUUCUGAUUCGGUUCUCGUCACAUUUAAUUGCUGGAAUUGGAGAUAUAACGAAGCAUCUCAAACGUUUCGGGUAUGUUCUCACGCAUAAGCAAACCUAUCUGGAUGAGUUCGACUACGCGUUCGAGAACUUGGCCGUAGAUAUGCGCGACGGCAUCCGGUUAACCCGGGUGAUGGAGAUCAUCCUGCUGCGGGAAGAUCUAACCCAGAAUUUGCGAGUUCCGUCGAUAUCUCGCUUGCAAAAGGUUCACAACGUGAAUUUGGCCUUGAAGGCCCUCGAGGAUGCGGAAUACCGGAUAACGGGAGACAUCACCGCCAAGGAUAUAUGCGACGGUCAUCGGGAGAAGACCCUAUCGUUGUUGUGGCAGAUCGUAUACAAAUUCAGGGCACCGAAGUUCAACGCCGCGGCCAAUGUCAUUCGCGACUGGUGGAAGCGCAAUUGGCUGAAGGUGGUAAUCGGUAGGCGGAUAGAGGAGAAGCGCCGUAAAAAACGAGAGCAGGCAGCAGUGGUGAUUCAGGCCGCAUAUCGUGCCUAUCGGACUAGGAAGGAAUUCCGUCGAAUGCGAGAGGAGAAGUUGAAAGCCGUGAUCAUUUUGCAGAAAUACUCACGCAGAUAUCUAACCCAGAAGCACACUGCCCAUCGGUAUGCCUCGAUCCUGCGCAUCCAACGCUGGUGGCGUUCGGUGCAGCAGACGAAGACCGAUCGUGAACGCUUCCUGUUGCUCCGGAAAUCGGUCAUUCUACUACAGACUACCUACCGACGACGACGCCUAGCACAACAGUUGAUGGCAGCCUCGACGGUCAUCGCAAAGCUUAAAGCCAAGGCUCGGUUGCGCCACGAAAAGGCACUGAUCUUGCAGCGAUCGCUUCGAUCGUAUUGCAUCCACCGGAAGCUGCAGGCGAUCGUGAUGGGAAUGGUGGCGUUCAAUAGGCGGAAAUCGCUGCAGAACCGGUCAGCUACAAGGAUUCAGGCCACUUUCCGAAUGUGGAGGGAAAGAAGGGAGUUCCUGCGGGUAAGGGAAGCUUGUAUGAGGAUUCAGCUGCGCUGGAGGGAGUGUUUGCGGGCUAGAAGGGAGAGAGAAGCGUAUUUGGGUAAGAGGAAGAGUGCAAUUUUAAUCCAGCGGAAGGUUCGAGGCUACUUCUUGAUGAAGGCAGCGGUCGCGGCUUAUUGUGAAAAGCGCGAAAAAGUAAUAUUUGUUCAGAGAAUAUUCAGGGCUAAGUUGGAGAUGAGACGCGUUAGGGGAGAAUUCUUGCAAGUUAAACAAGCUUCUGUUUGCGUUCAAAAGAGAUUUAGAGCUUUGGUAGCAAUGAGGAAACAGAGAACCGAUUAUCUACAGCUGAAGCUAGCGACUUUGGUUAUCCAACAGAGAUUGCGUGCUCAAUAUGCCAUGAAACUGGAACGGGGACGGUUUGAGACGUUGAAGGCUGCUGUGAUUGUAGUUCAACGUCAGUUCCGAGCUCAACGGGCUAUGCGAGAAGCGCGUGAUCGUUAUCAACUAGUGCGCGCGUCUUGCAUUACAAUACAGCGACGCUUGAAAGCAACUCUCCUAAUGCGGGAGCAAAGAAUUGAGUUCUUGACAUUGCAGUAUCACACGAUCGUGGUUCAACGGCAAUUCCGAGCCAAUUUACUUGGCAAGAUUCAACGACAACAGUAUUUGACGCUGAGAGCAAACGUGAUUAAAAUUCAACGGAAGUGGCGAGCGACGGUUCUUGCAAGGCAGACACAGCUUACGUAUCAAACUGAAAGACAGGCAGUUGUCAAGAUUCAACGCUAUUGGAUGGCUGUUCAACUGAAACGAAAGACUCGUGAGAACUAUUUGGAGAAGCGGUUAGCUGCAACAAAGAUUCAAAGGUAUUUCCGCGGGUAUCUGAUGACCAAACAGAGUCGCAAAGAAUUCGUCACUCUACGGCAUGUUACAGUGAAGAUGCAGCAGCGAUAUCGAGCGAACAAGCUUAUGAAAAAGCAGCAACUAGAUUACGAAAGGUUACUUCAAGCAACGAUCGUGGUUCAACGGCGCUUCCGAGCCAAGCGGGCUGGUGUUCAACAGCAAACCGAAUAUCACCAGCUCAGGAAAGCAAGUCUAAACAUACAACGACGCUGGCGAGCAAUUCUCGAUAUGCGAAUAGCCCGUGGCGAAUAUUUGCGGGUGCGUAAGGCCUGCGUCAUCAUUCAAGAACGCUUCCGUGCUCAGCAGGCAAUGAAGUUAGCACGCGCGAAGUAUUUCCAAAGGCGAUCAGCCAUCACGUUGAUUCAGCAGAAGUAUCGAGCAAAACGAGAAAUGGAACGAGCAUGCGGACAUUACCUGAAUGUGAGAAGUGCAACAAUAUUAAUUCAACAGUAUUUCCGAGGAUAUCUGGAAAUGAAACGACAGAAGAAGUCAUUCCUUCGGUUACGAAGCGCCGCAGUAUGUAUUCAGACAAGGUUCCGAGCGACGCGACAGAUGCAUUUGCAGAGAUCACUUUACUUGGAGCAACGAUCAUCCGCAAUUGUUAUUCAACGCUGUUUCAGGGGUUAUCUGGCAAUGAAGCAACAACGCAGCGGCUUUUUAAGGAUAAAACAAGCCUGCUUGGUCAUUCAAUCUCGCUACAGAGCCAGACUGGGUAUGUUAACGAAAAAGGCAAAAUACGAUCGCCUCCGAGCAGCAACGAUUACCAUUCAGCGGAAAUGGAGGGCUACAUUGCAAAUGAGAGAGCAACGCAGUUCGUAUCUCACCAUUCUACAAGCAACCCGAACCAUUCAAAUCCGCUAUAGAGCCUACCGACACCGCCUACUUGACCAACUCAACUAUCGAGUCUACCGAAGCGCCGUCAUUGUUGUCCAGCGUCGGUUCCGUGCCAAACUCGAUGCCCGCUUCGAAAAGGCACGUUUCCAGCACCUCAAAAUGAUCACCCUUCGUCUGCAAACCCGCUGCCGAGGAUACCUCGCCCGUCAAGCAUUCCUUAGCAAGCUUACACCGGAGUUCCGGGAGCGCCGCCUGCGGGAUCAAGCGGCCAAACGUAUUCAGGCCUGCUGGCGAGGUCACCAGCACCGCAAGCAGCAUCAAACCGUUACCAUGAGGGACAUCGCCCUACGCAUGAUGGCCAGUCGGCAAGAGGCCGCCAGGGAUCCCUCGAAACGGGUUAGUAACAUUCUGCGAUCCUGCAUGAAGUUCAUUCAAAAUCGCUUCGCCGUGCACGAGGCCAUCAAAGUCCUGCUGCGGAUAGAGCAAAUAUCCCGAACGGUACCAUACCUGCUGCAGAGCGAUGCGGUAUUCUUGGCCGCUUUCUGCUACGUCACCAUGGCGCAGGCCAUCCGAUCGGAACUGGACAAGCAACUGAUUGAGAUUUGCGCGAGAAUCAUACUGAAUUUGGCUCGAUUCGAGGGAACCAAGAAGGAUGCCUUUCAGGAGAACGGCCUAGUUACGGUAUCCCAGAUGCUGCUGCGAUGGUGCGAUAAGGAGUGUGCCAUAUUCAACACCCUUUGCACACUGCUCUGGGUUCUAUCGCACGACAGUCAUAAGCGAAAUGCCAUCCGCCGUUACAUGAUCUCCCGCGAGGCCAUUUUUAUGCUGCGGGAAACCAAAAAGCUCGUCCACCGCAAGGAGAACAUGCGCAAAAACGUCAAGAAACCGGUGGGAUGCCUUGCGCCGCCGGAUCCCCACCUGAUGCGAAUGGAACCGGCCCUGGAGCCGGACUAUGGAGUAAUACGCAGUAAACCGUACGUGUUUUACUCGUCGGUGUUUGCCUUCGAUACGGUGUUGAACGUGCUGGAUGUUGACAUCUCGUAAGUAAGUAUGAUAUGAGCAGCGUUCUUCGCCCUCGGCUCUGUAAAAGCCAUUUCGGACGAGCCCUUUUUCAUUGUUUGAUUGAUUAUAUGUGACUGUUUAGGGUUAGCUAUUGUCUAUAAUCUUUUUUUAGCUGUUUGUUGUUAUAGUACACAACGACAAUAAUAAACUCUUUACAAAAUAUUAAUUUA